AUGUCUGCGCCCAUACAAAAGUUAGCAAAAUUCUCAAGAAAUAUUUUUUCAAAGAUUAACAGUGAUCAGAACUUCCCCGAGAAGCUAAAACAGCUUCGGUUGAUGAUAAACAAUAUCACUGCCAAAGAUGUCGGUUUUGAUAUUGAGCAACUGAAACAUUCAGAGACGUACGGACAAGAAGAAGUCGCACCUGUCACUUACGUCAAACUUUGGGAAGACGACAUUUUUACGAUGGGAAUUUUUGUGGUGAAACCGGGUGGUCGCCUGCCUUUACACGAUCAUCCAGGAAUGUUUGGAUUUUGUAAAGUCAUCCAUGGUGAAAUGAACGUCACAAGCUUUAAUCCUGUCAAAUCAAUAGAAACGGAAGCAGACGAAAUUCCAAGAGAGAUCAAAGAAAAAUUACGACCGUGGCAAAUACCACAGACUAAAAAAGUUCAGUUAAACUCUGAUAGAUCAUUUACAACUAGUGAUGAAUGCUGUUUUUUAAAUCCCCAAACAGGAAAUAUACAUGAACUGAAGCCUGUGGGAAAUACAAGUGCUUUUUUAGACAUUUUAGCUCCACCUUAUGAUCACUCACGUACUGGCCUGCGCGAGUGUCAUUAUUAUGAAGAUCUGUCAAACGGUGUUGGUGAUAUUCGAUGGUUAACACAAACUCAUCAGCCUUUGGACUUUUGGUGUGAUUCACUGCCAUAUUUUGGACCCAUUUUAGAUUUGCCUCCUCUCUCUCCAAGAACAUGA